AUGACGAAGCUCUAUGAGAAGCAAUCCUUCAAAGCACCGGCUGCUGGAUUCACGUUUGAAUCGUUUGAUCUGCCCUCAACCAACCAGCGUAUUCUCGGUCCACCACAUCCUCCAGACACCGUCAGCCCAUUGGCCCUGCGUCCAUCCACUGGCAUUGAGACGGAUAUUACUCUCGACGACGUCGUCGAGACAGUCAACUCACUACAAGCACAGAACGGCACAUUGACCGCAGCACUCGCCCGUCAUGGCACCCUCCUCUUCCGCGGUCUGCCCAUCCACAACGCCACGGACUUCAGCCGCUUCGCACACGCAUUUGGCUACAGGCCCCAUGAGAUCAUUGGAAUCGUAGUCGAUCGUCCCGUACUGGCGCCGAACGUGGCGCCGGCGAGUGAAGCUCCCAAGGACGUGCUGAUCUACAAUCAUAACGAAUCCCCCCAGGUGCCGCACGCACCAGAAUACAUCUUCUUCUACGGCCACCGGGUGCCAGCUCGCGGCGGGGAAUCGCCCAUCUCGUCGUCGCUGGAGUUGUUCCAUCGGGCGCAGCUGGAGAUACCGGAGUUGAUCCAGCAGCUCGCCGACAAGGGGAUCCUCAGUCGCGUGGUGUACAAAAAGGAGCCCGCGUAUGUCGGGGGAUCUUCGCUGCGACAGGCAUUUGGGAAGGAAGUCCAAGAGGGGGAUGAUGAAGCAACCCAGCGACGGAAGAUGGAAGCGCAGAUCGCCCGCUAUGGCCGAGGGAAAUUCACCACCUGGGAAUGGACGGAGGACGGGCUGGUCGUGACGCAUCGUCUACCGGCCAUUCGGACGCAGCCACGCACCAAUCUCCCCAGCCUCUUCACAGGCCUCGCAGCGUACUACAAGAAUAUGACCGUCAACAACCACGGAGGGAGGAGGAAUCUCACGCAGCAAUUGUAUGGAGACGGCACCCCCAUCCCGGAGGAACACUUGGCGCAACUAGUUCAAAUCACCGACGACAUCCGCGUGCUGCACAAAUGGGAGCAAGGAGAUAUUCUUGUUUUUGAUAAUGUCAUCGCACAGCACGGACGAGAGCCCUGGGAGGGAGACCAGAAGGAUCGCGUGGUGAUGGCCAGUCUGUGGGAUGGAGAGUCGGUACCGGGGGCGUAUGGCUAUGGCGAGUGGGCGCAGGUGGUGCAGGCAUUGGAUCCUGUAGAAAGCAGCGUUUAG